UUUACCUAGGGAAGAUUUCAAGCCAAACAAAAAUUACUCUUUUUUCAAAUAAAUCACUUUUUUGCAUACCGGAAAAUCCUUUUUUUUCCUUUCCUUUUUCGUGAUUUUCCAAGUUUUCCGAUUACCUUCUUUUUUUUCCCGAUCAAUUUCAUCGGAGGGUUUUUCCGACGUAGCGGUACUGGUGGUUGAUGCUAACAUGCGCAGGGUGGGUAUGUCACGAAAUAUUGCUCUGCUCAAAUUCGGAAGUUGGUAAGUUUCGUCCGAGGGAGAGCCGGCGCGACGUGGCGGUGCCGGUGGUUGAUGCUAACUUGCGCAGGGUGCGCGCGAUACGAAAUAUUGCUCGGUUCAUAUUUUAAACUUGAACAGUUUCGUCGGAGGGAGUGCUGACGUGGCGGUGUUGAUGCUAACGUGCGCAGUGUGGUACGAAAUUGUUUGCUCAGUUCAGAUUCGAAACUUUGUUCAGUGGUGAAAUUUGUUUUCCACCUUUAAAAUGAUCUGAGCCGUCCACGUGGAUCAAGACAAUUGAGAACCGUAAACGUAGCGAUUUGGUUCCCAGAAAGAGGAUGUGGGGUACGCUGGAGGAACUAAUAUUAGGUGGCGCUGUUCUCCGGCAUGGGAUACAAGACUGGAACGUCGUCGCUUCGGAGCUUCAUUCUCGUACCUUCUGUCACUUCACCCCUCAGGCCUGCAAAGCCAAAUAUGAAGAUUUACAAAAGCGCUACUACGACUGCAAUGCUUGGUUUGAAGAGCUAAGAAAGAGACGAGUUGAUGAACUGAAGCGAGAAUUGGAGAAAUCUGAAAGCUCAAUUGGGUCUCUCGUCACAAAGAUUGAAAGCCUGAAGGCUGAGAAAGAACUGUCUGCUCAGAUUGAUUAUGGUUCCAGUCGUACUGAAUCACCCGCUGCUCUUGGAAAGCUAGAAUGCAUGGAAUCUAUUGGCAAAGAUUAUGGCAUAUCUGUUGGCAGCUUCACUCUAGACAGUACUAGGACCGAUUUUGAGAGUCAUGCAGUAGCCUCAGCUAAAGAGAUAGACUCAGAGCUAGAAUGCUCGGUCACAAUUGCCGCGAGCAAAGAUAUUAGGUCUUGUGAGCAGGAUGAAGUUCCAAGUAUAAGCAAGCCAUCCGAGACUGUCGAAGGAAAUGGAGGGGCUUUGAGGAAGAGAAAAAGGAAAGAUGCUGUUUCGGAUGUCAAAGGGAGCAUUGGGGAGAGCGACCAUGUGUGUUCAAUCAGUGACAUCUCCGCUUCCAACUGUAAAGAAACGUCAACCAGUUCCGACCAAAGUAUUAAGCCUACCGCCACUGAGGAUAGCAAAGGAGGAUUAUCUAGGUUGAUGGAUAACGAUGUGAUGGCAAUUUUCGAUUCCAUUAUACAGAAUGAAGCGGCUAUGGUCUUUAGGCAUCGUCGUGACAGUCAGAAGAGAUAUAAGGAAAUGAUCAAGCAGCAUAUGGAUAUUGAAACUGUAAGAUCAAGAUUAGUCAGUUGUUCCAUCAAAUCACCAGGUGAACUCUAUAGAGAUUUACUUUUGCUAGCAACCAACGCCAUUGUAUUUUACGCUAAGAGGACGAGAGAAUACAAGUCAGCUAUGGUCCUCAGAGACAGCGUCACUAAAGCCUAUCAUGACCAUUAUAAAAGCUGCUCUUACCACACAGUUGCUUCUUCUCUGCUCACAUUCUCAACAACAGGUAAUCUGCCCGUGAAGCCUAGAAGCACUCGCCCUCGCCCUUCCAAAUUCAAACUCCAAUCCAAUUCUUACAACAAUGUGAAUAGCAUUGCUGAGGCUCUUGGUGGAGAUGAUCAUAAACCAAGUAAUGCUGAUUUCGAGACUCGAUUGCAGUCAUUGUUCGUUGCUAUGAAAGGGUACAAGGGACAUAGAAAGUUCGAUGGUGGAUCAGUUGAUGGAUAUGUCAAUCGAAGAACUAAAGUACCUGGAAAGGAAGAUGACCUAAAACUCCGGUUAAGGAGGACCAUCAGUCUGAGGUGGUAACGAAGGAAAGAAAAAGAGCUCGCAAAGAUGAUUUGCAGGUUUUAUAGUCCUCUUUUUCGUGUAAUAUCUUACAUGGUCAUUUUGCAACUGGACUCUAUAUGUGAAUCAUUUCAAGUGGCAUCUGAUGAAGUUGACAAGUUGUGAAACUUGAAUCCAAAUUAGUUUGACAUUAUACAAUAGA